AUGUCCAGAACCUUUGAACACAUCAUUAUUGUAAAUACGGGGUAUGUCCCGGUCAGCAAAACACAGAGCUGGUUUCAUUGGUUGGAGGUGGUUCAGGCUGAGCCUACAGGCUUGUUUUUAAGAGUGCCAGCCUCUCAAGUCUACUACAGACAAAGGAGGAGGACCUGGGACAUGUUUAACAUCUCAAGCACCACUGCAAUGGAGUUCUACGAUCAUGGUUUUCAUGAUGCUGAUGACACCGUUGACUAUGCAAACUACUCAAAUUGGAACGACUCCAUAGACCCUACUGAUUACGACCACAACUCAUACUGGUGUGAGGCUGGUGACCAUGAGAUGACCAUCAAAAUGUUCCAGACUUGUGUUUUCUGCCUGAUCUUCCUGGUGGGCGUGAUGGGAAACUGCCUGGUGAUCGCCACCUUCGCUUGCUACCGCCGCCUUCGGCUUCGCUCCAUGACUGACGUCUUCUUGUUCCACUUGUCGCUGGCUGAUCUCCUCUUGCUCCUCACCCUCCCAUUACAGGCCGUGGAUACUAACCUGGGUUGGAUCUUCUUCACGCCCCUCUGCAAGGCCACGCGUGCAUGCUACGCUAUCAACACGUAUAGCGGCCUGCUGCUGCUAGCCUGCAUCAGCGUUGACCGCUACAUGGUGGUGGCCCGAGCCCAAGAGAUGCUCAGGUUGCGUAGCCAGAUAUUGACAGCCGGGAAGAUAGCUGCUGUCUGCGUGUGGCUUUCUGCAGUGCUCCUCACCCUGCCUGAAAUCCUCUUCUCUGGGGUAUCUGGAUCAGGCAAAGAUGCCUACUGCGGAAUGAUAGCGGACAGAAAUGUCAAAAGGAUCACCAAUGUUGCCAUCGUCGUCGUCUUCUGCCUGUCCUUCUUAGUGAUGGUGGCAUGCUACUCGUCGAUCGCUAGAGUGCUGUGGGAAGGGAACGCACAUCGGCGGGGGAAGCAGUGGCACCGGCAGCGUACCUUGAAGCUGAUGGUGGCUCUGGUGGUGGUAUUUCUGCUCUUCCAGCUGCCGUACACCGUGGUGCUGUCACGUAAAAUGGCGGGGCAGUUCUGCGACCUCCUGGUGGAGUACAUCACAUGCUCCUUGGCGUACACCCGCUGUUGCCUUAACCCAAUCCUGUACGCCCUGGUAGGCGUGCGCUUCAGGAACGACGUGAAGAGGCUCAUCCGUGAUUUAGGCUGCCCAUGUAAGAAGCAUCUGGUCGCACUGACUUUGAGCUCCAACUCAAUCACCCCCUCUUCACCUGCUCUCACCAUGCUCACCGUGCUUUCCCCGCCAACAUCCCCUGACCGCAUCUACACAAGCAACGAGAUGUUUUCAGUAACCAAGUAA